CUACUACCCGAUUGCAGCGGCAGGCAAAUCAUGGCAGAGGAUGCACCCGCUCUCGCCUCCCCUAGUGUUGCAGACCCAGAAGCCGCAGAGCUUCCUGCACCAAGUUCGCCUCAAGAAACAGAAGAAACUGAGCCUUCACUCAAGCGCCGACAGUCCGAUGUCUCGGAUAGCGAGCCAAAACGACGACGUCUCAGCCAGAAUGACAGCACAGCGCCUCCCGCUGGCCCAGAUACCAACACGCUUCAGGAUGAGCGACGAAAGACCAGACAGCUAGAAGAGCGUAAGCGGGGGCAGAGGCUUUUUGGGGCUUUACUUGGUACGCUUUCUCAAGGCUCUUCUAUCCCGGCUUCAAAGCUGCGAGCGGAUAUUGAGAGGAGACAGCAGGCCAAACUAAAGCAGCAAGAUGAGGAGGAUUCGCAAAGGCGAAAACAAAGGCUUGAGGACCUGAAAGCAAUACGGCGAAAGGAACAGAGAAAGCGCGACGAGAAGGCCAUGAAGAUACGGCAUGCUAACCUACUUCACUUUGCGAACUUUUUUCGGACGAAAACAGAGCCGAGAUUAUUCUAUAAGCCGUGGCAGCUCACGCCCGAUCAAGAGGAUCAGAUUAAGUACCAAAUAGAGGAGGCAAAGGCAACCAUUGAACGGGAAGUUUCAGAAUUCGAGAAGCGCAAAGCGCAAUACGAGGAAGAGGAGAGAAACGCAGCGGACAAAGAGGAACAGGUAGCCAACUCUAGCAGAGAGGAUCCUGAUCGAGCGGAGGAUGAGGAAGCUGCGAAUUCGAUGGCUCAAGAUAAUACUGACGAGAACCCUGCCCAUGGCGUCGCUCCGGAUGAUGCCACUUCGGUUCCGUCAUCGACCACUGCUGUCAAUGAAUCCAUGGAGGAAGUGAAGGAUACGGUGGACGACGAUCAAGGCGAAACGGUCGAAGAAGCUGAUGAAGACACUGUAAUUUACUAAGCUGUACAAUUGACAUCCACGAUACGUGAUUGAUUCGUACAGUUGUUGCUAUUCCUCUGGCUAGGGUAUUAUGAAAUACAUAUCUAAAACUACGAUGCU